AUGCCGCCCUCGUCGAGACACGCCGCGCAUCCUUCGCACCAUCCGCGAGACAUGCAUCUCUCGGGUCCAGCAGGUGGUCCACCGCCUCACGGUGGGCCCGGGGGUCACGGUGGUCCUGGAAUGCCUCCGUCGGGCGGCCCGGGAGGCCAACCUCUGCAUCAUCCGCACUCGUCUUACGCCCAGUCCAUGCCGCCGCCGCCAGGUUUGCCUCCACACGCCAUGAACGGCGUCAACGGCCCUCCCUCCGGCCACGGCGGCCCUCCUCCUCGCAUGGUCAUGGCUGACGGCCCGCCCGGUGGUGCUGGCGGCCCUCCGCAACCGCCGCCGCCCCAUAUCCCCAGGUCCUCGUCAGCGCAGAGCCGCAUCAUGGACGCUGGCGCUGGUGCUUCCGGCGCCGCUCCUCCCGCUCCCGGCGCCUCGUCGUCUCCCGCCGUGCAGAAACUCUCGCUCGCCAACGAGGCCGCUUGGGUCUCGGUCGGUGCCGCGGCCGAGACCAUGGAGGACUACGACCGCGCGCUUUCGGCUUACGAGACCGCGCUCCGCCACAAUCCAUACUCGGUGCCCGCCCUCAGCGCCAUCGCAGGCGUACACCGCACGCUCGACAACUUUGAAAAGGCCGUCGACUACUUUCAGCGCGUGCUCAACAUUGUCCCCGAGAACGGCGACACCUGGGGCUCCAUGGGCCACUGCUAUCUCAUGAUGGACGACCUUCAGCGCGCCUACACCGCCUACCAGCAGGCUCUCUACCACCUGCCCAACCCCAAGGAGCCCAAGCUCUGGUACGGCAUCGGCAUCCUCUACGAUCGCUACGGCAGCCUCGAACACGCAGAAGAGGCAUUCGCAAGCGUCGUCCGCAUGGACCCCAACUACGAAAAGGCAAACGAGAUCUACUUCCGCCUCGGCAUCAUCUACAAGCAGCAGAACAAGUUCCCCGCCAGCCUCGAAUGCUUCCGCUACAUCCUCGACAAUCCGCCUCGCCCGCUCACCGAGAUCGACAUCUGGUUCCAGAUCGGUCACGUCUACGAGCAGCAGAAGGAGUUCAACGCCGCCAAGGACGCCUACGAGCGCGUCCUCGCCGAGAAUCCCAACCACGCAAAGGUGCUCCAGCAGCUCGGCUGGCUCUACCAUCUCUCCAACGCCGGCUUCAACAACCAGGAGCGCGCCAUCCAGUUCCUCACCAAGUCGCUCGAGUCGGAUCCCAACGACGCACAGAGCUGGUACCUCCUCGGCCGCGCCUACAUGGCCGAGCAGAACUACAACAAGGCCUACGAGGCGUACCAGCAGGCCGUCUACCGCGAUGGCAAGAAUCCAACCUUUUGGUGCUCCAUCGGCGUCCUCUACUACCAGAUCAACCAGUACCGCGACGCCCUCGACGCCUACUCGCGUGCCAUCCGCCUCAACCCCUACAUCUCGGAGGUGUGGUUCGACCUCGGCAGCCUGUACGAGGCUUGCAACAACCAGAUCAGCGACGCCAUCCACGCCUACGAGCGCGCCGCCGACCUCGAUCCCGACAACCCGCAGAUCCAGCAGCGUCUCCAGCUCCUGCGCAACGCAGAAGCCAAGGGCGGUGAGCUUCCAGAGGCUCCCGUUCCUCAAGACGUCCAUCCCACCGCCUACGCCAACAACGGCGGCAUGGCUCCCGGUCCCCCUACUCAAAUCAGUGGCGGCCCGGGCCCUUCGUAUCCACCAUCGCUCGGUGGACCUCAGCUGGCUGGAAAUGCAGGCGGCCGUGGCGAUGCUGGUGAGCGCGAACUGCCCGGUCCAGGACAUCUGCCGCAGUCGCACUCGCCGCCACCGUUCCGCGGCCCCGACGACCGUGGUUCGCGCGGCGGUCCGCCGCCAGGUGCGCUGGCUCCCAUGGCAGCUGGCGGCCCUGGUGGAGUCGAAUCGCUCGGCCGCGGUGGCUACCCGCAUUCGCGCGGCCCUUCGCCUGGCCCACCCCAGAUGUACGCCAGGAGGAUGGGCUCGCCACCUCGUCGCUCGCCACCGCCGCCGCCGCUCCGUUCGGACAUGCACGGCGGUCACGGUCACGCCGACUUCCGCGGCCAGCCCGGCGUGGGACCCGGUGGUCCCGGUGGUCCCGGCGGUCCUCCUCCCCCACUGGACCACUAUGGCCGACCCCUGGGUGGGCCGAUGAGCGAACGCGAACGAGAGCUCGAGUGGGAACGCGAGCGCGAGCGUGAGAGGGAGCAGGCCGCUCGAGGCUACGCUGCCAGCGGCCGCAUCACGCCCAAGAACGAGCCCGGCUACGCACGUUCGCAGCACGGCAGCAAUGCGCCAUCGCCCGCCUUUGGUCGUCCUCCGGUAUACGGCCGCGAUGAAGGCCGCGACCACUACAGCAACGGUCAUCCGGGCGCCGCACCGGGUGGGCCGCGUAGUGGCUACGAACGCGGGCCUCCGUCCGGCAUGCGCUACGACGACCGAGGCCCUCCUCCGCCCCACUACGACCAAGAGCGAGGUCACGGCCCACACGGCCACCCGAGCGACGGCCGUUACGAUGCGUACGGCGACAACAUGGACGGUCCCGUCGGCCCCAGAGGGCCGCCGCCUCCUGGCCUGCGAGGCCCCACGCCCGAGUGGGAGCGCGCUCGUGCUGCCGAGGCUGGCGCGCCGCCUGCGUACGACGGCGCUGACGGCAGGAAUGCCGCUGGAGCUGCGGGUGCAGCCAAGCCGCGUCGAGCUGCCAAGGGCAAGGACGAGAUGGACUCGGCCGGAGCACCGCCCUCGCCUGCACCAUCGGCAGCAGGUAAGAAGGGCAAGCUUACGGGUUCGCGCGCCAGCUCUCCGUGGUCCGCCAAAGGCGGUGCAGCGGGCAAGAACAGCAAGGCGGGCAGCGUUGCAGGCGUCAAGAAGGGCGCGUCGACGCCACUGCGCUCGCGCGACGAUCAGGCUGGCUCCCGGCCUGGCUCGCCCGCCGAGGGUGCACGCGCGCAACGCGAAGCAUCGCCUGCCAGCUCCGACGGCAGCAACGAGCCCUUGGCGGCACGCGGACCUGCGUCUCGCGUCGUGGACGAGGACUACGACGAGGGCGCUGCGGACGCGCUCAUGGGUCUCGCUGGUGCUGCGUCGGUAUCUGCCUCGGCUCCUGCGCCCGCCGCCGCCAGCGCUGCGAACCGCGCCAAUAGCCCCGAGAAGCGACCCGAGAGCUCGUUGGGCAAGCGGCCGUACGCCGACGACGACAAGGGCAGCGCCAGUGCGCCGGAUGAUGCGUCGUACAAGCGUGCCAAGAGCGGCAGCGGCAGCGGCGCUGCACUCGGCGAGGGCAGCAGUGGCGCAGCGGCGUCGAAUGGAUCCGCCAAGCCAGAGGAAGCGACGGCGCGAGACGAGCGCCAAGGUGCCAACGCCGACGCUCGCAAGGAGGCCGCCAGCGAGGCGGUCACUCCGCCACCCAAGGCAGCCACGCCACCGCAAGCCGGCAGUGGCUCGGAAGCGCAGGCGAUGGACGAGGACGUGCCGGAGCCCGCCAAGGCUGCGGAGACCGCGCUUGCCAAGGAUGCGGCAACCAAGCCAGCGGCAGAGAGUGCAUCCGUCGACACGCCGGUCGACGCUGGUGCGGGUGGAGAGUCGGACAAGGCUGCCGAGAAGAGCACGAGCAACAGCAGCAGCAGCAGCGUUAGCGUCGGUGACACCAAGAAGCCGGCCGAAGCAGCGGCUGCGGUGGCGGUUGCGGCGGCGGCUGACGACGACGACGAUCGCGAGGACGAGGAGGGCCAGAUCCACGAGGAGCCUGCUGAAGCCAAGCGCGCCGAGUAG